AUGCGCGCUCCGGGGCUCAGCGGAACCUGUGACCAUGGCUGAAGUGCUGGGCGGCCGCGCAGUGCGGCAGGUGCGGCUACUCCUGUCGGUGCUGAAGCCGGGGAACCACGUCCCGUAUACUGGGCCUGCAGCCGCAUUCGGCACCUCAGUAACCUCUGCCAAAGUGGCUGUGAAUGGUGUCCACUUGCAUUAUCAGCAGACUGGAGAGGGAGAGCAUGCGGUCCUGCUGCUUCCUGGAAUGUUGGGAAGUGGAGAGACUGAUUUUGGACCUCAGAUUAAGAACCUCAAUAAAAAGCUCUUCACAGUGGUUGCCUGGGAUCCUCGAGGAUAUGGACAUUCCAGACCCCCAGAUCGAGAUUUCCCAUUGGACUUUUUUGAAAGGGAUGCAAAAGAUGCAGUUGAUUUGAUGAAGACACUGAAGUUUAAGAAGGUGUCCUUGUUGGGGUGGAGCGAUGGUGGUAUUACAGCACUCAUAGCAGCUGCAAGAUAUCCAUCUUACAUCAAUAAGAUGGUGAUCUGGGGAGCCAAUGCCUACGUGACUGAGGAAGAUGAAAUCAUUUAUCAGGGUAUCAGAGAUGUUUCUAAAUGGAGUGAGAGAACAAGAAAACCUCUAGAAACCUUAUAUGGGUAUGACUACUUUGCCAAAACCUGUGAGAAGUGGGUGGAUGGCAUAAAACAAUUUAAACAUCUUUCAGAUGGGAGUAUCUGUCGGCACUUGCUGCCCCUGGUUCAGUGCCCCACCUUAAUCGUGCAUGGGGAGAAGGAUCCUCUGGUCCCACGUUUCCAUGCCGACUUCAUACACAAACAUGUGAGAGGGUCACGGUUGCAUUUGAUGCCAGAAGGCAAACACAACCUGCAUCUACGUUUUGCAAAUGAAUUCAAUAAGUUAGCAGAAGACUUCUUACAAUAAAAAUGCCCACUGCUGGGAGCUGGGCAUUCCUUAGUGUGGGGCUUCAGCCUGUUGCCACCUGUGAAACACACCCAUCACACCUCACCUCACCUCACCUGCCUCCCCGUGCUUUCUACUCCCUGCAAAGUACUCUCAGACAUGUACAAAUAAUGACCUAUUAAAACGUCUUCUAGGGGCGUCUGGGUGGCUCAGUCGAUUAAGUGUGAUUCUGGAUUUCAGCUCAGGUCACGAUCUUGUGGUUCAUGAGUUCGAGCCCUGCAUCCUGCUCUGGGCUGACAGCUCAGAGCCUGCUUGGGAUACUUUCUCUCUGCCCCUCCUCCCCUCAUACUCCUUCUAAAUAAAUGAAUAAACACAAACAAACUUAAAGUCUUGUAGCUGUAAAGGCUACAAAAAUUAGAUCUGAUUUUUUAAACAUUAAGUUGUGAAUUCUACCAUUAGUUAAAAUAAAUUCUGGUUGUGAUUUA